AUGAUGAAAUCCGUUGUCGCCCUGUCUGCCGGCUUCGUCGCCGGCGCCAACGCCUUCUGGCGGAUGGAGUGCCCCGGCCGCGUCGGUAUCGCGCGAAUGGAUCCCAUUGUCAACCCUGGAGAGAUGUCCAGCCACGUUCACUCGAUUCACGGGUCUUCUGGAUUCUAUGGAAACGCAACGUGCCCCGAUCUAUUGGCCGGCGAGUGUACAUCGUGCCGUGUCAAGCAGGACAUGUCUUCCUACUGGCACCCUGCGCUGUACUUCAAGCACGAGUCCGGCGAGUACGAGCUCGUUGAGCAGGUUGGCGGCAUGCUUGCCUACUAUCUGCUCUACGGAGAUGACAUCAAGGCGUUCCCUCAUGGAUUUCGAAUGCUCUCUGGCGAUACCGAGCGCCUCGGCUUCAAUUGUCUCAACUACGGCAAGACCCCCGAGGGUACCCUUGCUCGCCACUUCCUGCCCGACAAGGCCUAUCUCGACGCCAACUGCAAAGAUGGUAUCCGCUUCGAGAUCAUGUUUCCUUCCUGCUGGAAGGGUCAUGGCGCCAUCGACAGUGACAACCACAUGGACCACGUUGCUUUCCCUGACCUCGUCAUGAGCGGUACUUGCCCUGAAUCCCACCCGAUUCGCCUGCCCAGCCUUCUCUACGAAGUCAUCUGGAAUACCGGCGGAUUCAAGGACAAGAAGGGCAAAUUUUUGCUGUCCAAUGGCGAUGAAACAGGCUACGGCUACCACGGAGACUUCAUGAUGGGCUGGGACGAGGAUUUCCUCCAGAAGGCUGUCAACACGUGCACCAACGACUCGGGAAGAAUCGAGGAUUGCCCCCUUUUCGACAUCAUGACCAAGGACGAGGCCGACAAGUGCAGCAUGGAGAAGCCGCUUCCCCAAGAGCUCCGCGACGAGAAUGUCAAGGGACCGAUGCCCAAACUUCCCGGCGGCGGCGGCAAAGGCCACGGCAGCGGCAAGACGCCCGUGCCAACCAAGAAGUAUAGCCCCGGAGAGAAGCCUGCCAAGCCUGCGUCUCCCCUCCCGGGCCAAAUUUUCAAAGAGAAGUCAAGGGGACCGGCGCCGGCCGCCACUGAUACGGCCAAGAACGAGGCGGUUGUGGUGCCUGAGGCGGAGCCUACCCCGGCUGCCGCAGCGCCAGAGCCCGAAGACAAGAAGUGCUACAGCACUCAGUACGUGACCCAUGGCAACGUGGUAAGCAAGAUUCUGCUCGAAGCACAGACGGUGUAUGCCACGGAGUAUGUUGAGUCGACCAAGACGGUGACUGCUCGCGCAACCGAUGCUGCCCACUACCGCCGCCACCGGGCCGCUCAUCUGCACGCUCACGGCCACCGAAAGCGCAAGCUGUGA